UGUCCUGUGCAGGCAGCAGAAGGAACAGCAUCUGCUUAGACAACUGACCAGCUAUGAGUUGUAAGGAGCAUUGUGUGAAACUAAAUGAUGGUCAUUUCAUCCCCACACUGGGUUUUGGAACCUACACACCUGAUGAAGUUCCUAAGAGUAAGGCCUUGGAGGCUACCAAGUUAGCUAUAGAUGCCGGCUUCCGCCAUAUUGACACUGCUUAUGCAUACCAAGUGGAAGAGGAGGUAGGGCAGGCCAUUCGAAGCAAGAUUGAAGAGGGCACUGUGAAGAGGGAAGAUAUAUUCCUCACCUCAAAGCUUUGGUGUACUUCCCUUCAUCCAGAUCUGGUCCAACCUAGCUUGGAAAGAUCACUGGCAAGCCUCAAACUGGACUAUGUUGACCUCUAUCUCAUGCAUUAUCCAGUGGCUAUGAAGCCAGGGGAUGACCUUUAUCCAACUGAUGAACAUGGAAAAUUGAUAUUGGACACAGUGGAUUUUUGUGCCACAUGGGAGGCCAUGGAAAAGUGUAAGGAUGCGGGGUUGGCUAAAUCCAUUGGGGUGUCCAACUUUAAUCACAGGCAGCUAGAGAGGAUCCUGAACAAGCCAGGACUCAAGCACAAACCUGUCUGCAAUCAGGUAGAGUGCCAUCCGUAUCUCAACCAGGGAAAGCUGCUGGAUUUCUGCAAGUCAAAGGAUAUUGUUCUGGUUGCCUAUGCCGCUCUGGGAACUCAAAGAUACAAACGAUGGGUGGACCAGAGCUCCCCAGUACUCUUGAAUGAUCCAGUUCUUGGUGCCAUGGCAAAAAAUCACAAUAGCAGUCCAGCUCAGAUUGCCCUUCACUACCAGCUACAACGUGGAGUUGUGACCCUGGCUCACAGUUUCAUGGAAAAAGAGAUAAAAGAACAUACAGAUUUGUAGACCAUCGAAAUUUUCCAUUCACUGAUGAGUAUUAACACGAAAGCUCUUUUCAUGAUCUUGCCUGAAGUUAUCUAGAGAUCGAUGGACAACUUUCAGAUGCUGAUGAUUGGACCCAUCACUUGUCAAUUCAUGCUGCUUAGAAAUUCAUACUCAGCUUAAACUAAAUCCACAAAUUUCAUAGAGAAGGCAUUGAAUUUGUUAUCAAACAAAUAUGAGAUUUUCUCCAUAGAUCUUUGAUUAUCUCAAUACUUGUGUGACUUGCUUCUUUUUGAAUAUUAUGACUGAAAAAUGAUUUGAUUUAGUCUGUGGUAAGAUGUCAGGAAACCCUUCUCUGAUAGCUAUUUCAGGAUAGGAAUGGGUCGUUUUUGGGCUCCAGAGAAAUAUCAGUUAACAGGAAGUUAUCAGUCGUUAUUCUCAACAAACCACUGAGCUUAGUUCAUGGUUCUAAGUCUUGAAGCUAAGGUACACAUUGCAAGGAUAUAUUAUAUAGCUCCCUACCAGGCAAGAUAUAGCACAGCUACUGGAAUCUGAGAGGUAUUCCUGUGGGAGGCUUAGGUAAAGAUGUUAGAGGGAGAACCAUGCAGGGAAGAUAAUGAGGAAGGAGGAAAGGUGAAGCCCGAAUAGGUUGAAUUGAACUUAUCUGUGCUUGGGAUGUACUGUCAAAUGCCUUUUUGCAAAGUACAUACAAAAGAUAGAAAGGAUCUUUAAUACAUUUUACCCAGUGCCAAUCUGAGACAUACCUAGCAUUAAUUAUAAAAGGAAAAGUGGGAGCCAGGCGCCGGUGACUCACGCCUGUAAUCCGAGCUACUCAGAUGGCUGAGAUUGGAGGAUCACAGUUCAA